AUGAUCUCCACGGCUCUCCGCUGGCUGGUUCUGGUGUCUUUUAUCAUUCUGACCAUUGGUGGCAACGUGCUGGUGUGUUUGGCUGUGGGGCUCAGUCGUCGACUGUGGCGCAUCGCUAACUGCUUCGUGGUGUCCCUUGCAGUGACAGAUCUCCUACUAGGCCUGCUGGUGCUGCCCUUUUCUGCCGCUUUGGAGCUGCGCAGCGGAAAUUGGCCCCUCGGAGGAACUCUGUGUAACAUCUACAUCUCAAUGGAUGUCAUGCUGUGCACAUCCUCCAUCCUGACCCUGAUGGCCAUCAGCGUGGACCGAUACCUUGCCAUAUCAGCUCCCCUCAGCUACUCCCGGAGAGUUACCCCUCUGAGGGUGACACUGGCCAUGAUCGCCAUCUGGGCCUUGUCACUAACCGUGUCCUUUGUGCCCAUCCACCUGGGCUGGAACACAGCUGACUUCAGAGUGCAGCACUUGGACUGGGGCAUGGGGGACGAGGUCAAAGAGGGACUCUUCUGCCAGUUUGAGUGGAUUAACAACUAUGUUCUCAUUUAUGCCUUUAGCUCAUUUUACCUGCCUCUGCUGCUUAUGUGUGGAAUGUAUCUUUGCAUAUUCAGAGUGGCACGCGAACAGGUGCGGCGUAUUCGUGCUGCCACUCCAUCAUUUGCACGUUCAGCAUCAACUGCAGCCAUAGCCCAGGAGCACAAAGCCACAGUGACCCUGGCAGCUGUGCUGGGGGCCUUCGUCAUCUGCUGGUUCCCCUACUUCACCCUCUUCACCUGCAUGGGCAUAAAGGCAAAGACGAACCCCCCUAACACACUUAGCUCUGUGGCCCUGUGGCUGGGCUACUUUAACUCGGCUCUUAACCCCAUCCUGUACCCAGCCUUCAACAGGGAUUUCCGCAGGGCCUAUGGAGAGCUGCUUCGCUGCAGAGGACUGUCUCGCAAAAAACUGCAGCUAACUCACGUGUGCGUGCAUAAACGCAUGACCUUUACUAACGGACCAAGGGUUUCCCAGCGGUCUGAGAAACAUGCAGACACGGUUAAUAAAGAAACUGAGGGGAAGAGACUCACUCUACAUGAGAUAAAUGGUAUGCCAAGGUGA